GGGCAGGGCUGGGCCUCACCGUCCCCGCAUCCCCCGAUUGGCCCGGAGGGCCGCGGCCGGACAGCGGGGCGGGGCCGGGGAAAAGGCCGCGGGUGGCAGGCGGCCCCGCGCCUCUGCAGCCCUGAUCGGGGGAAGCGCCGCUUCUCGCACCGCUGGGACGGAGCUCCCCGCCGCCGGCUGACCGGGCGCGGAAGGAGGAGUCCCUGCAGCCGCCUCUGUUUUAUUCCUGUGAAUCUCCGUGAAGACAAGUUAUGUCAACAGCUACUUUAAUUAAUCUGGUACGAAAGGGAGGGUGUCAGGUGAGACAGAGAGCCGUGCUGACCUCCCGCCUCCUGCAAGAGGAGAAGCGCCCGGCAGCCGCGGGAUACAGCUCCACCUCCGAGCACCGCGCUUCCCGCUUCGAUCCCGAGGGCAGCGGGAGACCGACCACAUGGGACACCUUCGGCAUCUGGGACAAUCGCAUCGACGAACCCAUUCUCCUCCCACCAAGCAUAAAGUACGGGAAGCCGAUUCCCAAAGUCAGCCUGGACAAGGUGGGCUGUGCUAGCCACAUCGGGAAGCGUAGGGAAAACGAAGACCGGUUCGAUUAUGCCCAGCUGACCCAGGAUGUCCUCUGCUUUGCAGUGUAUGAUGGACACGGGGGGGCGGCAGCAGCAGACUUCUGUAAUAAAUACAUGGAAAAAUAUAUUAAAGAAUUUCUUGCUCAGGAGGAGAACUUGGAAAAUGUUUUGAACAAAGCUUUUCUGGAAAUACACAUCGCAUAUGAAAGGCACGUUCAUCAGUCUGCUGAUGCAACUUUGAUGAGCUCUGGCACCACUGCAACAGUGGCUCUGCUCCGGGAUGGCAUCGAGCUGGUGGUGGCAAGUGUGGGAGACAGUCGUGCUCUGCUGUGCCGAAAGGGGAAAGCCAUGAAACUCACCACUGACCACACCCCAGAAAGAAAGGAGGAGAAGGAAAGGAUUAGGAAGUGUGGUGGCUUUGUUACCUGGAACAGUCUGGGACAACCUCAUGUCAAUGGUAGACUUGCAAUGACACGGAGCAUAGGAGAUCUGGAACUUAAAGCCAGUGGUGUGAUAGCUGAGCCAGAAACAAAAAGGGUUCAGUUGCACCACGCAGAUGACAGCUUCCUGGUCCUUACUACAGAUGGGAUUAACUUCAUAGUGAACAGUCAGGAGAUCUGUGAUUUCAUUAACCAGUGCCAUGAUCCUGCUGAAGCUGCCCACGUUGUUAUUGAGCAGGCAGUGCAGUUUGGCACUGAAGACAACAGCACAGUUGUUAUAGUGCCCUUUGGAGCAUGGGGAAAGUACAAAACCAGUGAGAUCAACUUCUCCUUCAGCCGCAGUUUUGCUUCCAGCGGGAGGUGGGCGUGAGGACUUCCACUCCCAUCUUCUCCUGCAUUAAUCUGGACUCAGUGUGCUACAGGAGUGCACUGCCAUCUGUUUGGAGGCUGACUCAGUGUCUUGUCCAUCUCUUCAGUUCCCAUUGCUGUAGAGGAUGCCACUGCUCCCUCGGUGCAUAGUGCCCCAUUGUUGCUUAUGGCUGCUUGCAUUUUGCUGCAGUUAUUUAUUCCAGUUGGCAUUGAGGCAGCUACUUCUUUGGGUUUGUAGGCCCAGCAGCUCUGCAUAUCACUUUGUUCACACAGAGAAGGCUCUGAGCUUUCACUUAAGACUGGAGGAGCUGCACAACUGUUUCAUACUUACUUAUAUUACCCAGGUCCCUUAGGUACCUGGCAGCUGUGUAAGUCUGAAUAUCUGAGCCACACGCUUGCUUACUUGUACAUUCAUACACAGGGAAACAAAUGCACAGGGUUCUUAGGUAGGCAAAAAGCAGGUUUGUUGUCUUCCUCUGCUGUGUAGCCACCCAAAACUCCCCUGUGCUUCACGAGAGUUAGGUGGGAAAUAAGGAACAAGUUUCACAACUGUUUAAAUUCUGAUGCCAGUGGCAUUUGGUGUAGCUGAACAAUUUCCUGAGACAGUGCUGCUUUGCAGGGCUUUAUGCUCUCUCUUCCAUCAUCCAUGAUCCUCUAGCUCCAGGGAGGCAGAGCAGGCUGGGGCCAUGUGCUGUUGGACAGAUGGGAAUGGUUCUCCACUGGGUCCAAAGCCUGUGUGGUAUCUGUGGACCACAUAGCAGCUCCUUACACUCUCUUCCCUUUGGUGUGCCAGUGCUUGGCAGGACUACAGAAGGAAAAAGCUGCACAUCUUUGAUAUCCAGAGAUGCUCAUCAACUUGAAUUUUUAAAAUUUUUUUUUUUUUAAGAAAACCAGCUAAUUUCAAUGAGUUUAUUCACUAGGGGUCUUUGGAUGUAAAUACUGGAGAGGUUUUUUCUUCAGAUAUAUAUGAGGGUUUUCUGCUGACAUCCUCUGCUGAAGGAUUUCUUUCAGUCAUGAUCUCCUGUAUCUGUUCAUGGCAUGCAGGGAGCUGUAAAAUGCCCAAAGCAAGCAAGUUAGGAGAGAGCAUUGUACUAACAGAAGAUAAUUUUUGUAAGUUUUGGGUAUUCUUUCCAGUAGGUGUCAGAUAUUCAGACACCAGAAGGCUCUUUUAUACUUGAAGGGAGAGUUUCCACUUCUGUUUCUGGAGGGAAUCUGCAUCCAGUGAGGAAUGGGGUGGGGAGCAGAGCCCUGAAUCACUGCUGUGACAAGGACUGCAGGUGAAGAUCUGUCCCAGUGUGCUGUGGUCAGACCUCCUUCUUACUCUGCUUCACACCAGGCAUGCAUGCAGCUUUUGUGGCCUCUGGGUCACCUUGUUGCAAUGAAAUACAGGCAAGGAAUUAGGCUGUUCUCAGGCUCCCUGCAGUAUUUUUCAUUCUGUGAAUUGUGCUUCCAACAGCACAAUUGUAAAAACCAAAGCUGAACAGAAAAAAAAAGUGAAAGAAAAGGUGCCUGAUACCAAAUCACCUUGCAAUAAGGAAAAAUAUUUCUGAAGUGCCUAGCCUGAUUCUCAUUUUUCCAGUGCAAAGUACACAUCUUCAUUGCUUUUAGUCCUUGUGGUUUAGUCCAGGGUAAAACCUUAGGCAGUGAUUCCACGUGUGUUUCCUUGCCUCUGGUCAAAGGCCUGGCAACACCCAGCAGAGCCCAGUGUUGUACUGACAGCAUUAAAUUCCAGGUGCUGAGAGAGCACUCAGGUUUUGUUUCCUUACUUGGGGUAUGACAUGGUGUGUAUGUGUAUAUUCAGUUUAGAAGCAGAAGGACCCUGUGAGUCAGUCUGUGUACAUCUGUGUGGUGCUGGGCUCAUGCCCAGGCCUCUCUCACAAGUGCAUCACUGGUUUACAAGAAUAAUUUUCCUCAGAGCUGGAGUUCAGACUCCAGCUCAGGGCAGAACUGGUGGUCACAGUCAGAGAGAAAAUAUCAAGAGUGCUGGGGAUGCCUGUGACAGGUAUACCUGGAUUUCAGUGGGAAUGCAGUCCCUGGAAAUGGAUGGGAGAAAGAACUUGACGUGCAGCACAGUUCAUCCAUGGAACCACUUAAAGGUACUGAAGUUGAAAAUGUACCAGUAGGCACUUUGUAUAGCUACCAAUACAUCUCACAAAUAAAUGAGCACAUCCAUAAAAUUAAAAUGUGAGCCAUUAUGCUCUAAGCAAAGAUGAAGGAACAACUGACAGAUUAUAGAGAUGCAUUUCUUAGGCACAAGUUAUUCCCUGCCUGUUCCCUCUGGUUUCUGCAUCCAGUUCUGCAGUACAUGAGCAACUGAUGAAGAUGAAAUGCUUUGCCAAGUGGCCCGAUGUUCUGCCUGUUCUUCCUCCCUUUAAGAACAGAGGAACCUUCACACUCAUUUGUGUGGGUUCCUUACUUCAUGCUGCACAUGGCAAAACUGUCAGCUUGAAAAGCAUUUUGUAGAAACUCUCCAUUGCCAGGACCAAUGGUCUCAGUCUCCUGAACCACAACACUGCUUUUUCCUACCAGGCUGACUCCACUAAGAUUUAGUGGCAACUACACAAACACUGACUGUUUUUCUUUUAUAAGUUGGGAAAAAACUUCAAUUUCCUAUGGGAUGUUUUUUUCAUCAUUUGACACUACUGACUGCAGUAAUUAGAUCAAGUCUCUGCCCUUGCAUUUCCCUUUUGGGGCUGUUUUAACACUUGAUACCAUGUUGGCAGAGUGUGCUUUGCUAACACAUUGAUGCACUGAGUGGGAGACAGGUGUAUGCCACUGAAUUUGGAGUACACAGAGUAAAUUUGGAGCCAGUGGAGUAAAGCAUUGUUAGGGAAAAUGUCAUAGUGGUACCAGGGGCUCAAAUCAGCAGUGACACUUCAAGGUCCAGCCAGCAAAACUCUUGACAUAGGGUUCUCCACCAGAGCUGGGUACUGCUUACCUGUGAUGAAACUCUGUAGGGUUUUCUAUCCAGUCAAUAAGCCUCCUGCUGCUUAGAGCAGAGUUUACCCCCUGGGGACCAGCCAAAAUUCUCUUGCUCAACAGAGAACAAACUGUCCUAACAGCAGUUGCCUACCGGAGAGGUUUAUUACUGAGGGAUCACUUGAAGUAGCUUUCAGUUUGAAUGAAGUUUAACAGAAUCUCAGUUUGCUCCCUCUCUUUCCCGUGCAUUUAUUUCAAUGAAAAGAACAAUACUUUUUAUUUCUUACAGACUGAACUAAACUCUUAAGGGUGAACCACUGAGCAAACUGUGGCAAGUAUUUGCUUUUUUUCCCUGCCUUUUAGGGAUGGAUUCAGAAUUCCAUUAUCUCUGGUAAGAGUAUCUUUUGGCCUGAACACUGGCCGUGGAUCAGUGGUCUCUCUCACAGGCACUGGCAGGAGGAUGGGCUGUGGGUGCAGAAAGGCAAAAAAUGCUGCCCUGCUGGGUACUAUUUUUUACUGUGAGGAUGUGGACAGCCCAGAGAGCCUCGUGUUGCUACAGGAUUUAUUAGGAGAGGUGCUGAGACUGCAGUGGAGUUCAGCCUUUCUGCCAUGUGGAAAGAGGCAUUUCGUGCUUUGGAACAGGAAGGCACAGAAAUGUCACCUGCAGCCUUGAUUUAAGAGAGCUGACAUAUCUGGAAGGUGAGCACAGUGCAAGAGACUGAAAGGGGGAUGAGAUCCAAGAGUUUGUUUAACACAAAGUCCUCAGUACAAUCAGUCCCUUUGGGUUGAAAAGGUCAAUGCUGGAGAAUAAUUGUGGAGCACAGUUUGUGGUUGAGAAUGGGGUUUUGGAGAAAAAUCAGCAACGUAACUGCUGUUUGCACACUUGCUAGAAAUGAAAAAUGUGAGGAGCUUGGACUCACCGCAGAAUUUCCCCCAACUUCCACAGGAUCAGGGUGUCAGAUCACCUCUUCUGUUUCAGCAGGCAGACAUGCUGUGGUCAAAGGCACUGGGAUUUCAAGCUAAGGGAGAAGCUCAAAACAAGAGAUACCAGUGGAACUGGUUUAGUAUUAUUUUUUUCUUAGAUAAAUUGAGUUGGGCACUGCUAGGUCCAUUGAUCAAUCACCCAACCAGCUGAAUGUAUUGGGAUAGCAACACUCCAGGUAUUGCUCGGUUCUGAAGCUGCUGUUCUCAAAGUGGAGAUAUCCAGGGGGGUGUCCUCUUCAACCUGGAUAUCAAAUGACUGAGCAGCAGUGUGUGUGUCAUAACUUUCUACAGAUGUAAGUGCAAUUGUGUACUUUGUUACAAAGUCUGCCUUAGGACUGUGUGUAAUUCCUAUGGUUUGAUGUUUCUGUUUGAUGUAAUCAGUGUCCAUAAGUAACCUACUUCUUAAUUUUAUAAAGGUAUCCAUUUUGCCUUUUUUUUUUUUUUCUAAAUGUUUGUUAAUUUUCAUUAACUCAAAGCUUCAGAGGAGCAGAUAACUCUGUACUGAAAUGUUGAAAAUAAAUGGAAUGCCAAUAAAAACUUGGCUUCUAGA